AUGGCGGCGAAGAGAGAUUUCCAGCCGCUGUCCAGCUCUGGCGUGCCGGAGAGGAAAGGAAAGACGCUCCAGAAUCAGACGGAGUGGUGUGGUCUUUCUUCACACCAGGACCCGGAGAAAGAUCGCGAGCCAACUGUUGCGGGGAUUUGCGGCGCAGGCAUACAACAUCAUGCUGUUGGUGCUUUCGGGGGCGCUGGUCCAGUGGACGAGUCAUCCGACAGCGAAGGGGAACAAGAGGGGCAACAUAAACUCAUCAGAAAAGUGUCCACCUCUGGCCAGAUCAGGACCAAGACAAGCGUGAAAGAGGGACUACUACUAAAACAGACCAGCUCCUUCCAGCGUUGGAAAAGACGCUUCUUCAAACUGAGGGGUAGAACGCUUUACUAUGCCAAGGAUGCCAAGUCACUCAUUUUUGAUGAAGUGGACUUGUCAGAUGCAAGUGUCGCCGAAUCCAGCACAAAGAAUGUCAAUAACAGCUUCACUGUAAUCACCCCAUUCAGAAGACUCAUCCUUUGUGCGGAGAACAGAAAAGAGAUGGAGGACUGGAUCAGUUCUUUAAAGUCCGUCCAGUCCAGAGAGCAUUAUGAGACAGCACAGUUUAAUGUGGAACAUUUCUCAGGGAUGCACAACUGGUAUGCCUGCUCCCACGCCCGCCCCACCUUCUGCAACGUCUGCAGAGACAGUCUCUCUGGGGUCACUUCCCAUGGCCUCUCCUGUGAAGUGUGCAAGUUUAAAGCUCAUAAAAGAUGUGCAGUCAGGGCCACAAACAAUUGCAAAUGGACAACCCUGGCAUCAAUCGGGAAAGACAUCAUCGAGGAUGAGGAUGGGAUUGCCAUGCCUCAUCAGUGGCUGGAGGGGAACCUGCCGGUCAGUGCCAAAUGCGCCGUGUGCGACAAGACCUGUGGCAGCGUGUUGAGGCUGCAGGACUGGCGCUGCCUGUGGUGCAAGGCCAUGGUACACACAGCUUGCAUGGACCUAUACCCCAGAAAAUGUCCGCUGGGCCAGUGCAAGGUGUCCAUCAUCCCGCCUACUGCCCUCAACAGCAUUGACUCAGAUGGUUUCUGGAAGGCCACCUGCCCACCAUCAUGUGCCAGCCCGCUCCUGGUCUUCGUCAACUCUAAAAGUGGGGACAACCAGGGGGUGAAAUUCCUGCGCCGCUUCAAGCAGCUACUCAACCCUGCGCAGGUCUUCGACUUGAUGAAUGGUGGCCCUCAUUUAGGACUGCGCUUGUUCCAUAAGUUCGACAACUUCAGAAUCCUGGUGUGUGGAGGAGACGGAAGCGUUGGAUGGGUUUUAUCUGAAAUCGACAAGCUGAACCUUCACAAGCAGUGCCAGCUGGGAGUUCUGCCCCUGGGCACCGGUAAUGACCUGGCACGGGUGCUGGGCUGGGGGCCUUCCUGUGACGAUGACACACUACUGCCACAAAUCCUGGAGAAGCUGGAACGGGCCAGCACCAAGAUGCUGGACAGGUGGAGCAUUAUGACAUAUGAGAUUAAAAUACCUCCCAAGCUCAGCUGUGCCAGCACGCCCGAGGAGUCGGAGGACUGCCAGUUCCCAAUCUCAAGCUACGAGGACUCGGUCGCUGCCCACCUCACCAAGAUCCUCAACUCAGACCAGCACUCUGUGGUCAUUUCUUCCGCAAAGGUUCUCUGUGAGACGGUGAAGGACUUUGUUGCCAAAGUGGGGAAAUCCUAUGAGAAGUCCACAGAUAAUGCUGACGGUCCUGAUACUAUGUCUCUCAAGUGCUCUGUCCUCAAUGAGAAGCUGGACUCCCUCCUCCAAACCCUCAACGUGGAGGCCCAGGCCGUGCUCCACCCGCCUCACACCACUCCACCAAUCGUGGAAGAGGAGCUGGAGGAGGACGAGGAGGAGGAGGACGAGCUGAGCGAGGAGAUGAGCGAGGAGUCGCUGUCGGAGCUGAAGGAGAAGCUGGAGGAGACUCAGACGGAGAAAUGUUUCCGGCCAAGGGAGCAGCUGAUGCUGCGUGCCAACAGCCUAAAGAAAGCCGUGCGGCAGAUCAUCGAGCAGGCAGAGAAAGUGGUGGAUGAGCAGAAUGCUCACACAGAGGAGCAGCAGGACCUACACUCACCUACGGAGCUUAAAGAGAAUGAGAGCGAGGAAGACAACAAGGACAACGAGAAGGACGAAGAUACUAAGGAACUGGAGUCGCCUCCUUCUGCACAGACGCCGUGCUCCCCUCCUGAGACACGGAUGAGUCGCAGCAGCCAAUCGUGUGGUUCCUUUUCCAUCCCCUUCAGCACCAGCAAGGAGAACCUGCCUGUGCUCAACACACGCAUCAUCUGUCCUGGUACAUCUGCAGGUUUAAGGGCAGGUCUAGCUGCCUCCAUAGCUGGGAGCUCCAUCAUCAGUAAGAUGUUAUUGGCCAACAUUGAUCCUUUUGGAGCCACGCCCUUUAUCGACCCUGACCUGGACUCACUGGAUGGGUAUAUGGAAAAAUGUGUCAUGAACAACUAUUUUGGGAUCGGACUGGAUGCCAAGAUUUCCCUGGAGUUCAACAAUAAACGAGAGGAGCACCCAGAGAAAUGCAGGAGUCGCACAAAGAACCUGAUGUGGUAUGGAGUUCUGGGGACCAAGGAGCUGCUACAGAGAACAUAUAAGAACCUGGAGCAGAAGGUCCAGCUAGAGUGUGACGGCCAGUACAUCCCUCUCCCCAGUCUGCAGGGAAUUGCGGUUUUGAAUAUUCCCAGCUACGCUGGUGGGACAAACUUCUGGGGUGGAACUAAAGAAGAUGAUAUCUUCUGUGCCCCAUCAUUUGAUGAUAAGAUCCUGGAGGUGGUGGCUGUAUUUGGGAGCAUGCAGAUGGCCGUGUCCCGAGUCAUCAAACUCCAGCACCACCGGAUUGCCCAGUGUCGCUCCGUGAGGAUCACCAUCCUGGGGGAGGAGGGGGUCCCUAUCCAGGUGGAUGGGGAGGCCUGGAUCCAGCCCCCUGGGGUCAUUAAGAUCCAGCAUAAGAACAGGGCACAGAUGCUGACACGGGACAGGGCAUUUGAGAACACGCUUAAGUCCUGGGAGGACAAGCUGAAGUACGACAAGCCUCCACUGCGGCCACACCUGUACCCCCAGCAGUCCGUUGACUUGGCAACUGAGGAGGAGGCGGCUCUCGUCCAGAUAUGUGCCCGUGCCGCAGAGGAGCUAAUCACCAGGAUUUGUGAAGCAGCCAAGGUCCACAGCAUCCUUGAGCAGGAACUGGCUCAUGCAGUUAACGCCAGCUCUCACGCCAUCAACAAAACACACCCCAAGUUCCCAGAAAGUCUGGCCAGGAACACUGCUAUCGAGGUGGCCAGCAGUGUGAAGGCUCUUCACAAUGAGACUGAGUCACUGCUAGUGGGAAGGGUCUCUCUGCAACUGGAACCCCCGCAUGAGGAGCUGCUGUCCAAUGCCCUGCAGAACGUUGAGCUGGAGCUGGGCAAACUCUGGGAGAUCCCCUGGCUCCACCACAUUCUGGAGCCCGAUCAGGAACAGGAUCACGCCCUGGAGUACAGCAAGAGGAACAGCCGCAGCACCGUGUUCCGCAUCGUGCCAAAAUUCAUGAAGGAAAAACCGCCCAAGAAGUGCAGCCAACAGUCAGUUCAGAGGUGGGGCACUGAGGAAGUGGCCGCCUGGCUGGAGCAGCUCGGCCUCGGAGAGUACAAAGGGACCUUCGUCCGCCAUGACGUUCGCGGCUCCGAGCUCCUGCACCUGGAGAGGAGGGACCUGAAGGAUCUGGGGAUAUCGAAGGUGGGUCAUGUGAAGAGAAUUCUGCAGGGGACUAAGGAUCUGGCCAAAAGCGCCUUCAUUGACCUGUGACCUGGAAGGACAUGAGUCGGGGUGCGUCACCCUACGAUGCUGCCCAAUGAUGGCGGGAGAAGGGUGACAGAACGUUUCCCACCAUUUCGUUGCCAAAGGGAGAAUAGGAAUGGGAUGUUUCAGAUGGUACCGGUGCCAAAGAAUACAAGAGCAGGAUGAGACAUUUCAAUAAGGCUUUUGAUUUUCAGAAAAAAAAGGUAUUUUCACAGUCAUGGCAGAAUCACAAUAGUACCUUGUCAUUAAUAGGCUGCCUCUGCUCUCACAAAAAAAACAUUAAAGCACAGCAGCAACUUCGCACAAACCUAUUCUCUGGGUUUUGUAUCUGACUUCACAGUUGCCAGCUGGCAAUUUUCAAACGAUGAAUUGGCAUUUGGGAAGGCGGGUAAAGUGCCAGAAACAUCUUGCUUUCGAAAAACACCAUUUUACAUUCUGCAGAGGCAGGGACAGAGGAGGAAAGGGAUGCAUUGUGGUCUAGCCAAUGGUUUCAUGGUAGACCGAGAAGGGAAAAAGUGUGAGAUAACUGCAUGCUGUGCCUGUUUGACAUGGGUGUAUAUUUUAAUGCAUGACAUCUGAUUUAUAUUUUUUAAAUUUACAAGAACACAUGAUGAAGAACCACUUCAAUGAUGGUUGUUGCCACCGAAGUAGCCCCUUGUUCCUUAGCCUUUUUAAUAUUUUUGCAUUGAUUUUUGCAUUUAACUUCAGUGUCAAUGAGAUGUGUUCGUUAACAGUUAUGUGCCAUUUUAUUUAUUUCACUUGUGAUAACAUAAUGCUUUUUCUCUAUGGUGGGGGCAAUGCAUGGUAUAUUUAUGUUUGUUACGGUUUGCUGAAUUACACACCUGAACCUGUGCAGUGCACCAGAAAAUAGAUAUUAGUGAGUGAUAUGAUCCGUGUCGUUUGAUAAAGGUGCAGUAUAAUGCUAUUUAAAUUCAUUUAUUUGACUAUAUAGCUUUACAUUUGGAUGUUUUUCUGUGGAAA